GACAGUGCUGAAACGGAAAGAGAACGGUAGGAACAGCAGGGUUUACGGGGCAGCCAGUCCCUUCUUAACAUCAAAAUAUGGGCUUUCAGGCCCUCGUAACCAAGAACAAACAUAUGUUUCCCGAAAGCAGAACACAUUAGCUACCUGCUGGACUUGGCCUAACCCCGCUGAGUGAUUUUAUACGUAUGGCCUCACAAGUCUUGGUCUACCCACCACAUGUUUAUCAAACUCAGACAAGUGCCUUUUGUAGUGUGAAGAAACUCAAAGUAGAGCCAAGCAGUUGUGUGUAUCAUGAGAAAUCCUACCCAUGGACCUAUUUGAAUGGUAGAACCCUUGGCGUCGCUCACCCUAUGAACGUUGUUGGCUCUUCUUUUCAGAUAAAAGACUCUGUGUACAGCAGGCCCAGUGGACAGAAUUUAGCAUUGCAAGCAGUCACCUUAAGAGGUGUGAAGGAGGACCCAGGAGCAGCAGAAGCAGAUAAGCACCCGUCAGAACCGGCAGUCCUGCAGGUCGUUGGGCAAGCGGCAGACGAAACUGGUGGAGGAGGAGGAGGCAGCGGAAGAGGAGGUUUGAACUUGGUGGAUAGCGUGCAGCGAUGUGGGCUGAAACGUAAGAGUGAGGAGUUGGAGAACACAGAAAGUGCCAUGCAGAUUGUGGAGGAACUGUCCAUGUUGCCUGCAAUGUUGCAAACGAACGCUGGCAACCCAGUUGCAGUGGCGGGCACCUCAAAGCAGAGUGGUGCCGGCGGGGAUGGGGAUUACCACCUGGUGCAGCACGAGGUGCUGUGCUCCAUGAAGAAUACUUACGAGGUCUUGGACUUCCUGGGUCGAGGGACCUUCGGUCAGGUGGUGAAGUGCUGGAAGAGGGGCACGAAUGAUAUUGUAGCCAUCAAAAUCCUCAAGAACCACCCCUCAUAUGCACGACAAGGGCAAAUUGAAGUGAGUAUCCUGGCCCGGCUGAGCAGCGAGAAUGCAGAUGAAAAUAACCUUGUGCGGGCGUUUGAGUGCUUCCAGCACUGUAAUCACACCUGCCUGGUGUUUGAGAUGCUGGAACAAAACCUAUAUGACUUCUUAAAGCAGAACAAGUUCAGCCCUCUGCCACUGAAGGUAAUCAGACCUAUCCUGCAACAGGUGGCCACUGCACUGAAAAAACUGAAAAGCCUUGGACUCAUUCAUGCAGACCUUAAACCGGAAAAUAUCAUGCUAGUGGACCCUGUCCGGCAGCCAUACAGGGUGAAAGUAAUAGAUUUUGGAUCUGCCAGCCACGUUUCAAAAGUAGUCUGCUCCACGUAUUUGCAGUCGCGCUACUACAGAGCGCCAGAGAUUAUUUUGGGGUUGGCAUUUUGUGAAGCCAUAGACAUGUGGUCGCUGGGGUGUGUGAUUGCAGAGCUGUUUCUUGGAUGGCCGCUAUAUCCCGGAGCACUGGAAUAUGAUCAGAUUCGGUAUAUUUCCCAGACCCAAGGGUUACCUGGGGACCAGAUGUUGAAUGUGGGGACAAAGACAGCAAGGUUUUUUUGUAGAGAGUCAGAUUCACCAUAUUCAGGAUGGAGACUUAAGACAACAGAGGAGCAUGAGAUGGAGACGGGGAUGAAGUCAAAAGAAGCCAGGAAGUAUAUAUUCAGCUGUUUGGAUGAUGUUGCGCAUGUGAACAUGGUGAUGGAUUUAGAAGGAAGUGACUUGCUAGCAGAGAAGGCAGACCGCAGAGAGUUUGUCAGUUUGUUGAAGAAGAUGUUGUUGAUUGAUGCAGAUAAAAGAAUGACUCCGGCAGACAGCAUGAACCACCCUUUUGUCACCAUGCAUCACCUUUUAGACUUUCCUCAUAGCAACCAUGUCAAUUCAUGUUUUCAUGUAAUGGAUGUUUGCAGAAUACGGUCAAACAUGUGCGAUCUAAGCAAUCGCAACAAGACACCAUUCAUGAGAUCAGCCACCUCCGGCAAUGCAGCAAACUUGACUCUGGCUUUUAAUAAGAUGGGCACUGUCCACACUCAAGCUUUAGCACCUCCUAUGAUGCACCAUGGGAUGUCACUGCAGACUGGUACGACUCUAUUUGGGUGCAAUGAUUCUUUUCAGCAAACAUUGAUCCUCUAUCCCCCAGGCAUCCAAGCGGGAAUUCCCACUAACAAGCCUGCUGCAUAUGCUGUCAGAAUGGACAAUACUGUGCCGAUGGUGACACAAGCCCCUGCAUUACAACCCUUACAGAUUCGCCCAGGAGUUAUCACUCAGCAGACAUGGUCCAAUCGAACUCGGCAAAUACUGGUACCAGCCUGGCAGCAAGUAACCCCUUUGGCUCCCUCUACAACAGCGCUGACAUCCGACACUGUGGCAGGUCCACAGAGACUAGGAGACUGGGGAAAAGUACACCCCCAUGGCAACCAUUAUAGCUCCAUGAUGCCACAACCUCUUUUAACCAACCAAAUGGCUAUGUCCACCCACCAACCAAUAAGUAUAGGCAUUGCCCAUGUUGUUUGGCCUCAACCUUCAGCUGCUAACAAAAGAAAUAAACCCUGCCAGAGCAGGAGUAAUUUCUUCCAUAAUAGCAAUACCCAGAACUCGGUACGCCUGUCUCCAAAGAUUUCAGGCAAUGUAAAGAAUGAUGAAGCAGAAAGUUGUAUGGCAGAAAGGCAGGACAAUCGCAGCCCGCAGAGAGUGGAGAGGAGCUGCUGCAAGGCGUUGGUCGUGCAGGACUCUGACUUGGCCAUCUCUAACAAGCAACGUCGGACUAUCAUCAUUGCUGAUUCUCCAAGUCCUGUGGUCAGCGUCAUUUCCAUUAGCAGCGAUACAGAUGAUGAGGAGGUGGCACAGAGACACUCUCUGGGAGCAUGUAAAGGUAGCCCGGAUUGUGAAGCCUGUCAGAGCACACUGAACAUUGAUCGUGUGUGUUCUUUAAGUAGUCCUGACAGCACCUUGAGUACCAGUUCAUCAAACUCUGCCCAGUCUAGUCCAUCCCCCUGUAAAAGGCCAAACAGCAUGUCUGAUGAUGAGCAUGAAAGUGGUUGUGACACUGUGGACGGCUCCCCUGCAUCUGACUCUUCAGGACAGAACGAUAGUCCGUUCAUGGAGCAGGGGUUUCUCGGAGAUGCCAACCAAAACACUGAAGCAAGAGCUCCGCAGGAGGCAGAGCCCAUCAAACCAGCUGCCCGCACCAUGGUGGUGCCGCCAAUGAGAGUGCAAAACAAUAACCCAACUGCUGAGGAGCGGAUGGCAAAUACAGGUACCACGUGUCAGUCCUUGUCCAAGGGCCGCUCUGCUCCUGCAAGAUUAAACCAUCACUCUGCGGCAGUUAACCACCAGCAAAAAAUGACAUCAGCAUUCCAGCAACAGCAUGUGAACUUUGGACAAGUUCAGCACUAUGGUUCUUGCCAUCAGGAAUGGAAUGGAAAUUACGGCCACAGGAGACAGCAGGCGUAUAUCCCUCCCACAAUACAUGGCCACACCUUCACGCUGCCUCACGGGAGCCCAAAUCACAGUACAGCUCACCCUCACCUGCCUGGAAGUACUCACCUUGGGGGCCAACCGAUUUUACCCUACCCUCCACCACUUUGCACUGCAGCUCCUGUCGCCCACAUCUUGGCUUCACCAUGUACUACAAGGCCUGUAAUGCAGCCGGCAACCUACAAUAUCUCCCAUCCCAACGGCAUUGUUCACCAAGUAACUGUGGGCAUCAACCAUCGCCUGCUGCCAUCCCCUACCAUCCACCAGAAUCAGUUCAAACCAAUAUUCCCGGCUCAUUCAUACAUCACAGCUUCACCUGCCUACACUGGCUUCCCUUUAAGCCCAACAAAACUUAGCCAGUACCCUUACAUUUGAGUGUCCACGGGGUGCAUUAGCAUAUAAACAAGAGAAAAACAUGGUGUUCUAAUAAAUUAUAGCCAUGGCACAACAGAUAAAAUAAAUAAAUAUUUUUGUGAAUCAUGUAGACUUGGGUGCAAUUUAAACUUUGAGCUUUAAAAAGAAUUGAAAACUCACUUUUAAUGUGUUUUGACAUUUUGUAUACUUCUCAUCAGAACUUAUAUGGUUACUCUUUAACAGUUGAAUUAUGGGAGUGAAAGCCUAGUUUCUCUCCUACUAUUUUUAUAUAUUGCCUUCUAACUUGUGCAAGACACAUCUUCAUUUGUGAAGCCAUUCAGUAUACAAGUGUAAAGAGCAACAGAGCGUCCACAGCACAGCGUACUCGUAAUCUAUUUAUUUUCCUGUGUCUUUCGGUGUUUUAAAUGUUGAGUGACUUAUCUGAAAGGCUGUUCUUCACACUGCAUGUGUUCUCCUUGCAUGGGCAAAAACAAAACGGAAAGUUUCCUAGACGUUGCUCUUAAUGUUGUUGUCCUAAGAAUCUCAGCUCAUUGUAAAUCGUUCCCACCCAUAGUGCCUUAAAUAUUUGAGGUUGUUAAUGUUACUACUUAUAUUAAUGUAAUGGACUGCAGCACUUGAAAUUCCAAUCUGCUGAUUGUUAUUGUAUGUCUAUAUAGAUAAAGAGAGAGAGAGAGAGACUAAUGCUUAUUUUGGGUUUGGCGUGGUAAGUUUGAGAAGUAGCAAGCUUUACUUUUACUAAGAAUAGCAUGCUUUGCUGUUCAGGUUUUCCAAAUGAUCUAGUGUAAAGAGCAAGUGUUGGGUAUUGCUUACAGUUUGAUAAUCAAAUUCUAUUUAGUAUACUAACAGUGUUUGUACUGUUUAAUGAAACUGCAAUACAACCUAAAUAGUUGUUGAUUUGUUUUCAUGUUUGCCGAUUUUUAAUGGUUUUUAUGAAAUAUUUAGAAAUGUGGUGGGCAUGGCUUUGACUAGAUAAAGAAAAAAUGCAAAUAUAGCUAUAAU